AUGACAUGUUCCUAUUUCAAAUUUAAAAAAAAGAGUUUAGUUCGAUUGUCAAAAACAGGGGCGGCAUUCUCCUCACCUAGCUUCGGAAUAGAUUCAUCACUUUGCAUAUCAGUAGAAGUUAGGAGAUCCACAAGAAACACGGUAGAAAAUAAAUCAUAUUUGGAAAUAUCCUUGGUCAACGUUCUAGAUGGAUCAUCCUUGCCCCUAAGAAAUAGUCGCUUUCCAAUUAUAUAUGAAACAUGGAGAGAUUUACAAUACUUUCAGGCGUCUAUACCUUCGGCAAAAUACCGACUUAUAUUUGCUGCGAACAUGGGCGAUCAGGAGGGUAUAGAUAUAAAAUCUGUCAACAUCAAUGGUAGUAAUUGUAGAUCUCUAGAAUGUCCGGACGAGAACGAUGUUAUUUGUGAUGAGGAGGGACUUAUGUUUUGCAUGCCGUUAACCGAUGCUUGCAAGCACCAAAACCUUUGCUCAACUGUGACGUCCUCAAUAUGUUCUACUAUUGAUUGUGAUUUUGAUGACAAUUAUUCAUGCGGAUGGAAACUAGACAACGCUGAAGUCCGAAACAGCACGUUGACUCUCGGAGACCAAAUGUUGACUUUCGCAGAAACACCCGUGAUGCAUGUAGAUACCGACACCUGCAUGUCAUUUACACUAAUGACAGACUUCAAUGACAAUGCAUUAAGAAUAAUCAAAAACUCGUCAGGCUCUCUCGAAGAGAUGAAUAAUUUCCAUCAGUUAAAGGCACAAGGACAUGUUCAGGAAAUAAAAGUGGACUUGCCAGUUGGGAGCUACAGUAUUAUCUUUGAAGCACGACAUAACAGGGAGGUUGCUGCACAUCUGUAUAUAGACAAUGUUAAUAUGUCUCGGGAAGUGUGCACAAAAACCCAAUGCCCGGGAAGCACGUGUAGUUUUAUAGAUGGAAAUGGAAAAGUGAACGUCAUAUGUUUACAAGAUGAUGUCUUUUGUGACAAGUUUGUAGACUGCCCGUCUGAGAACGAUGAGGAAAAUUGUGAUUACUCAUUUGAUUGCGACUUUGAUACAAAUUUAUGCGGAUAUGACUUAUCGGACACACUGGAUCAUGUACAUACACCGUACAGGGUUGCUGGCACUGAUAUGAUGAUACCCUCUAUAGGCGGCUCGCGAAAUGAUUUUGUGCUUUUGUAUAAUUCUGCGAAUGCUGACAAGGCAGAAAUUACAAGUGGACCACUUUUUCUUUCACAAGACAUAUGUGAUAUAGAAUUGGACGUGUUUUGUCAGACAGAUCCUUCAGUUAACGCAUCGGAAACAUCGGCUUCUAUGGUUAUUAUCACUCGAGAUUUAUAUAGAAACCCAUCUCAUUAUGAGGUUAAUAUAAAUAUGCAAUCGGAAUGGACAAAGUUGACUGUACCAGUUAAAGACUUGUUCUGGUAA